UUUCACAAUUUUUAUUACAAAGUGAAGUGGAUGAUGAGCUCUAUGGAAACUGUCCUCUCUCCCUCACAUUCUGGCGCCAUAUCCAACCAUCCCAACCUUUCCCUCUUCAGGGAGCAAGCUAAGAUAAGUUUAUCAAACCAAAAGCUAUGUAAAUCAAGAAAGAAAUUUGUAGUUUGUUGCUGUGAAUCUUUAGACCCCACAACUCAAAAUGGGUUUUCAAGAAGGGAUAUUGUUCUUUUUGGGCUUGCUGCUACUGUGUUCCCCAUUCAAGGAUCCGGUGCUGAUGAAGAGUUAAAAAUGGGUCCAAUAGUUGAUGAUCUGAAUGCUUAUUCGUAUCAAAUUCCGUUGGAAAUGCCUUCCAGGAAAUUUUCCUUUAAAUGGGUGGAGUCACGAAAACCUGAACGCUAUUCAUCUGCAGCACCUUUGUCGCCUAAUGCACGUCUACGAAUUGUGUCUGAACGUGUUGAUUUUAUUGACAACCUUAUCCUAUCUAUUACGAUAGGUCCUCCCAAUCCAAUAUUCUUAAAGUCAACAGAUAAGAGUACAUGGAAUGCAAAGGAUGUUGCUGAUUCUGUACUAUCUGACAAGUCUGCUUUGAGAGUUACUACAACUCAGCGCAUGGCAGAAAGUUCAGUUCUUGAUGCUCAUACUUCUGAAAUUGAUGGGGAGCCAUAUUGGUACUAUGAAUACCUUGUUCGCAAAUCACCUACAAAAACUGUGCAAGAUUCAAACAUCUUUCGGCAUUAUCUUGCUGCAUCUGUGGAACGUGAUGGAUUUUUGUACUCUUUGAAUGCGUCAACACUCAACAAGCAAUGGGACAUGAUGGGACCUGUCCUGGAAAAAACUGUAAAUUCAUUUAGGCUUCUCCCUCCAAGUGCAAACUAUGUUCCACCAGGCAAGGAUCCGUGGAGAUUCUGGUGAUCAGUCUAUGAUCAGUUUUCUUGUGAAAUUUUGAUUGAUUGAGGACCUUGAAUUUGUACAGACUAGGAUUUGGAAUUUGUGAUUCCAUAGCCAUUAUGAUCAUACGACAUUUAGUGUCUUAAGUUCACAUUGAUUAUCCAAUGAUUUUGUAGCAGCUAUUUGGAUGCACAGAGCUUUAAAACUACUGAUGUAAUUUAGACUAA